AUGGAUGGGCUGGACACACCUUCCAUCCCGGUCGUGAAAACUGCAGACUGUUCCCGGACGCUACCAGAGGCGCCGCUAAGGGACGCACCCCACAGCCCCGAUCCUGCCCGCGCCCUGUCCCUGUCCCCGGGCACUCGCUCCCUACGGCUCCCCGGGCAGCAGGCGCGCACCAUGCUGCCCAGUGCUGUGGCCGCCCAGGCCGGAGCCUACUGGGAUGUAGUGGCGUCCUCAGCACUCCUCGGCCUCCCUGCUCCAGGCUUUGGCAGUCUCGGCAAGAGUUUCCUGAUCGAGAACUUGCUGCGCGCAGGGGCCGGGCCCACGCACGCACCCCCGCCCCCGCGCCCAGCGCCGGGUCCUGAGUGUCCGCAGCCGCGGCCGCUGCCUGCCAGCCCAGUGCCGCUCAAGCUGUGCCCCGCCGGACCCUUUGGUGCUCGCUGGGCCUUCCAGAUGCCCCCUGGUCGGGUUCCGGGGGAGCGGGACAGUGCCUUCCAGCCCUCCACCCCAGUGCCUUCCAAACCCUUUCUUCUGAGCGCCGCGCCUUUCUACUCUGCGUGCUGCGGUGGGUCCUGCAGGCGCCCAGCCUCCCCCACAGCUUUUUCAAGAGAAGAUCACGGGCUGCCUCUGCUGACACAGGAUUCCAAAGCUCGAAGGGGGAUUUUAAGAAGAGCUGUGUUCUCAGAGGACCAGAGGAAGGCUCUGGAGAAAAUGUUUCAGAAGCAGAAAUACAUCAGCAAAACAGACCGAAGGAAACUUGCUGUCAGCCUGGGACUGAAGGAGUCACAGGUGAAGAUUUGGUUCCAGAACAGAAGGAUGAAAUGGCGGAAUUCCAAAGAAAAGGAAGUGCUCUCCAAUAGGUGUCUCCAAGAAGUGAGCCUUCAGGAAGACAGGCUGGCGCGGCCUGCCAUAGGCUGCCCUCCCCAAUGCCCUUCAGUGUGGGAAGCCUCUCAGCCACACUCAAGUCCGAGAUGGAGGGAGGAAUCUCCAGAAUCUGCGGAAAGACUGACCCAGGAGAAUUCAGGGGUACCAGAAGCAAAUUCACUCCGAGGUGCCUUGUGUCUGUGUCCUGAGAAGGGACCUAGAGACAAGGAUGGACUCCACAGCGCCAUGUGACAGGAACAUGCUGCGUGUUCAUCUAAAAGGACCCUUAGCCAGUAACAUUUGGAUUAAAGCCAGUUAGAUUGUGCCUCAACACUGCCUUAAACUAAUACCUUGGCAUGGUGCCUGAGCUGUUGCCUCAGGAGAGCCACCCACUGUUUCCUA